AUGACUGUCGAUACGAUCAGCCCAUCACAACGAGCUCUGCUGCUUUUGGCGUCCGUCAAAAUGCAAAAAGGAAAGAACUUGCAUCCCAUCUUCAAGUCACUGCGACCUCAUACCGAGAUCUCCUCCGAGUUUGAGCAACUUAAAUUCCAUGCCGCUGCGUCAUGGCAACUCCAGUUGUCACAAGAUGAUGAUGAGUUUUCAGCGAAAGAGUUUGUCCCUGAUACUCGGCUCGUGGCUUCUCCCUACAACAGCGUUCCCCAUCUUUUAGAUCUCGACACACUUGACACGCAGAGUCGUCUUUUGGCGCUUUCCCUGUCACUCUUCACACCGGUGCGCAGCGAUUACGCCACUGGGGAUUAUCUCGAAUUCUUCAACUGGCCUGAGGUUUUCCAAUUCUUGAAAGCUCUGGCCAAAGCUGGAGGCCAUGCUUGGAAGAAGCAGUCCUUCUAUGUAGUGUCAUUCCGCUCCCAACUUCAGCCAGGCGUGGACAAUGACCAUCUGCAUGCCCUAGAUGCAUACUCUCAUCAAGAGGCGGUCAGCAGUGGAGGGCUGUUGAAGUACUGGUUCGGUACGAAGAACAAAGACAGACGGAAUCUGGCAACUUGUAUAUGGCGAAAUCGAGACGAUGCCCGCUUGGGAGGCCGAGGGCCUUGGCAUGCGAAAGCCAGGGCGGCGGCAAGAACCAUGUACGAAUCGAUCGCUUUUUCAACAUUGGAGCUAGUCAUUGGAGACCACGUCGACACUUGGGAUAUUCGGGAGUGGAGGAAUGACCACCCAUAA